AGUCAAUGCAAUGGAAUGCGUCUCGGCGAGGCGAGGCUGCCUGGCUGAGCUGAGGCUGCCAGUGGCGACAAGAUGGCAGGGGGGGCGUGGGUGUGCAGAUGAGAUUCCACUUAUUUUCCCUCGAUUUCCGCGUACCACUGCCAUCCAAUGGCCGUGUCCCGCGGUGAUUCCAAGCCGAGGGGCCAUCCCGAGGAAAGAUGAUGAAAAAAGUGAAUUUGUCUCAGUUGUUGAGCCGUUCUCCGCGCCAUGGAGGGAGGAGGGCGAGCAGUGCCAAUGGCGAGGUGUUUGAGGUGUUGGUGGGCUGCUCCUCCUCCUCCACCUCGCCCCCCGCACACACUGGCACUGCCAACAACAACCCUGACAAGGCAGGCAAGAAGAAGUCCAAGUCUGGCAUCCUGCAGACGCUCAAGAAGAAGCUGAGCGGGAAGCUUGACGCGUGCCAGGGGUCUCGCUGCAGCUCGCCCAAGAAGAGUAAAAGUUUCGAAGGUCUUUCCAACAGUUUUGGGGACUCCUUCUCUCAGUCCAUUAGCGAGGAGUCCUCCAGUGAUGGCCUGAACACGUCCGGGGGACAGACGCACAAGAGGCAGCACAACAAGCGUGCCAUCCGCCCCAUGCAUACGCCAGUCACCAGGCAGAACUCCUCCUCCAGGGUGCUGUCUGAGGGCGAGGCUACCGUCAGACCGCACCACCACAGCCAGCUGGACACUGGUCGAGGGCACAGCCAGCAGCUGGAUGUUGGACGGGGACACCAGCAGCUGGACAGUGUGAGGGGCUCGGGGGGUCAGGGCACAGAGCAAGUAGUGCCAGAUCAGCCCGUUGCCUCCCUCUCUCUGUUUGGAAAGAUGGCUAACCACAUAAUAGAGACCACUGAGGUGGCAGCCUUCCCGAACACUUAUGACGGUGGCACGACAGACACGACAGACUUGGUGCCACAGGUUCUGGUGGAGACAGUGAGUGGCACUGUGGACUCAAGGGUGGGCAGUGAGGGGCUGGAGCACAGUGCCAUAUCGGAAACAUCCUCCCCUCUAGCCUACGGGGAGCUGUGGGGGUCUCAAGAUGACAGCCUGGAUGCCAGCAAACGCAGUCUGGCUGAGGAACUUUUCCGGCUGGCCAGAUUUGGGUGGUACUGGGGCCCCAUCACUCGUGCCGAGGCAGAGGAGAAGCUUGUUGACCAGCCUGAUGGGGCCUUCCUGGUGCGGGACUCCUCAGACGACAAGUACCUCUUCAGCCUCAGCUUCAGGUCGUACAACAAAACGCUGCAUACCAGGAUUGAGCACAGCAAUGGAUGGUUCAGCUUCUACCCACACCCUGAGCAUGAGGACCACACCAGCCUGGUGGGACUCAUUGACCACUGUAUGAGUCAUUCUGAGUCAGGAGUAUUCUGCUUCUCCCGGGCAAGGGUGCCGGGCUCCCCGUCCUUCCCUGUGAGGCUUACCAAGCCUGUCUCUAGAUUUACUCAGGUGCGAUCCCUACAGUACCUCUGCCGAUUUGUGAUUCGCCAGUACACAAGAGUUGACCACAUUCAAGCUCUGCCACUUCCCAGCCGCAUCAAAGGUUACCUGGAGGAGGGGCACUACUGACCGUGAUCCUGCAGGAAGGCCAUUAUGCAAAGCUGGACUAAUGAACAGUUCACCAGAAGCCCCUUGAGGAGCAAUCUGUUCGUUGUUUUUAUAUUUUUGACUCACCAGGCACAGAAGUGCAUUGAUCAGUGUUUUGCCUGCAAGUGAAGGUGGAAUUGCAUCCUGCAACAAACUGUACCCUUCCAUCAUAACAGGCUGCUGUUAUACUGUGCUGAAAGCCUACAUGUGUUUGUGGUAAGAUACUUCCUCUGUGGGGAAGCAACGACACCCAAAAUUUCAUGUACUCCUUUUCCUUUCUCAGUCUGUCCUGCCCUUCUUCUCCCUGCCAAGUUGGCUGUCAAACCAAAUACUUCACAUUUAGCUGCCUUGCCAAAGGAGUGUCUCAAUUGGUGCAAUUUAUAAGGCAAUGCUGUGGUCAGGUUGCUGGGCAUUGAUAUUUGAACUGUGUACUGUGGUUAUAUUGCAGUAUUUGAACUGGUCUGUUCUAUGAAA